AACUUUUUUUUCUUAAUUAAAAAAAUGAAUAUAAAAAAAGCAAGUUGGUUUUGUUGUAUAUAUAGUGUUUAUUCUCCUCCUCUUCUCAACUGUCUCCUCCGUGUUCAACUCGCGUGCAUUGCAGUCAGACCAAACCGAGAAACCAAAGAGAAUUCAGAGAGAGAAAGUACCCAGAAACACAAGAGAGACAAAACCCCUUUCACCAUUUUCCAAUUUUAUCCCUUGCAUUUUUCUAUCAUCUCAUUUCUCUCCAUCUUAAUCUUUCUGGGUUUCACUUUUUCUCCUCAGAUCCUCUUCUGUUCUUCACAAAUUUUGUUUUUUAUUCAUUACCGGGUGAUUUUGCUUCGUGGGUGUCGGUUUUUCUGUAAAAAGAUUCGGUUUUUAAUGGUUGGAAAGUGGAAAACGAAUUGAUUCUUAUCUGGGUUUUUUGAUGCGAUUGUUGUUGGUUUGUUUAUAAGGGUAACAAUGAUGUUGACCUUAAGUGUGCUUUUUUAAGUAUUAUGGAAGGUGGUCGUUACUCGGUUACGACAUCAUCAUCAUCAACAUCAACAACAUCAUCAACAUCUUCUUCAAUAACAAUCUACAAUUACAAGAAAAACAUGUCACUUUACAUUGGUCGUGAGGCUUCCAAGCUAUGGAAGAGAGUUUGUGCAGAGACAACCACAGAAAUCAACCUUCUUGUGGAGAAUUGGAAGUACCUUCUCGCUGGUUUAGUUUUUCAGUAUAUUCAUGGUCUGGCUGCAAGAGGAGUUCACUAUUUACAUAGGCCUGGUCCUACGUUACAGGAUCUUGGAUUCUUCCUUCUUCCGGAGCUUGGCCAAGAAAGAGCUUACAUUAGUGAAUCUUUGUUUACAAUUAUCUUUUUAUCGUUUUUCCUUUGGACAUUCCAUCCUUUCAUAUUCAAGACCAAAAAGAUCUACACAGUUCUAAUAUGGUGCAGGGUUCUAUCUUUCUUAGUUGCUGCUCAAGCGCUCCGCAUAGUGACAUUUUAUUCCACGCAACUUCCUGGUCCAAACUACCAUUGUCGCGAGGGAUCUCCACUAGCAACACUGCCUCGUCCGAAAAGCGUGUCUGAAGUGCUCUUGAUUAAUUUUCCUCACGGCGUGAUAUAUGGAUGUGGUGAUUUGAUAUUUUCAUCGCACAUGAUCUUUACUUUAGUCUUUGUUAACACAUACCAGAGAUAUGGCACAAAAAGGUGUAUAAAGCAACUAGGAUGGGCUCUUACUAUCAUUCAGAGCUUUUUGAUAGUAGCAUCUCGCAAACAUUAUACUGUUGACGUAGUUGUUGCCUGGUAUACUGUGAAUUUGGUGGUAUUUUUUAUUGAGAAGAAAUUACAAGAAAUGCCAGACAGGACAGCUGCAACACUGUUGCUACCAUUAAGCAGCACCAAAGACAACAAAGAUGGCAGAAACAAAGAAGAGAAUCACAAGUUGUUAAAUGGCAAUUCUGUUGACCCUUCAGAUUGGAGACAAAGAACUCAAGCAAAUGGCAAGACGCUGGAAGAUGGUCAUGCACACCAUGCUGACUCUGCAAAGAAUGGUGCAUAAAUAUAAGAGCUUUUGUUUUUCUGCAUCUGGAUUGGAUUGGAACUUCUGCUGCUGCAACAUUGUGUCCUUGGGAAGAAGCUGCAACCUUUCAAUUAGUUGAAUUUUCUUAACAUGGAAAUAUUAGUAGAAGCCUCUGAUUGAUUGAUUGAUUCUGUAUUAUUAUUAUUAAGCAUAUUGUAAUUGGGUUGUGCUUCUCUUAACAUGCUGCAGCCUUGAUCCAUUUUCAUUGUUUAGCAUCCAUUAAUCCAUUAGGUGCUAUAGAAAAUUUUCCAAUUCAUAUUGCAUUAGAGUUCCAUUGUGUAUAGUCUUUUUGAUAACUAUUAAAAAUAGAGGAUUUUUUAAUGCACCCUUAA